AUGCGCAGAAAUCGUAGUUCCCGCUCGCAGUUCAAGAGGCCAAAGCGCGCUUCAGAGCCUUCGGACGAUCCGCCGCAGGCCUCCAUCACUGGGUCCUCUGUUCCCAUUGCCCAGAUCCCAUCUUCAGAUGAUCCGUCGCUGCCGCUACCUCCACUUACUACCGAAAUGGACAUUGGCAGUCCGCGCACGACGCCCCACACAUGCUGCAUCCAGAACAACAGCGCGAGCGUCCGCACGUAUCAAGAACCUGCAGAUAUCGGGACAUCAGUCCCCGCUUCUUCAUUGGUCCGAGCGCGAUCCGGAUCUCGUGGCUCUGGUGAUCUAAAGAAAACAAUCGUCGCCAGCACCAAACUCCAUCUCCAAGCCGCAGUCACUGCUCUCAAGUUCGCUCCCAUCAAAAAUAUUGGCCAGGUCCCCGACACGCUUCUUGCUUGUAUCAGUAUCUAUGAGGACGUCAAGGGUAAUUCUGAGGAGCUCAAGCAGUUGUGCGUCGUAAUUCAGCAAGCGCAAGCCUCGGUGCUGGAGCCCCUCCAAAAGUGGACUGGAGAAGUCCCUCCUGAGCUUGACAGCCUAGUGCAAGAGGUCCGGGUGGCUUUGGAGAAGCAGAUGGAGGACAUUAAAGCAGUCCGAGAAAAAAACAUUGUCAAGAGGACCAUUCUAGCGCAAGAGAUAGCCCGACAAAUAACCGGUAUGAAGAGCUGUCUGAGUGAUGCGAUCCAUCGAUUCCAGAAUAUCGACUUUAAUUCUACUUCGUGCCGAGCACGCAUCGGUUCAAUCCGAGAUAUCGAGACUCAAGCGAGCUCCGGCCGAGCAUCUUUACGUGAAAAGCAAAUCAGAGUGCCUACCAGGCACGCAACUCAAGAUUCAAGAAUCCCUACUCGAGCACCUGAAGAAACCUGA